GCUGUCCUGUCACGUGGCAAGGGAGGCGGCGGCCCCGCCGUGAACACGCGCCACCCACAGCCAGCGUCACCUAGAAGGCCGCUCCGCUUUCCAGGGCUCUCCAGGUCGUGCCCGCCUGCUUCGGCCCCUGUUCCGCCUGUGUGUGCCGUCCUGACCCCAUUUGCACGGUGGCCCGCGGGCAGAACCGGCCCCCCCAAAGUCCAAGGAGGGGGCGGGGGGCUUAGACCGCCCCAGCUUGUUCCGGGCCAGGAUGUGGCUAGAGGCCUCGCGGGGCUCAAGCCCUGCCUCGGAGCAGGGUCUGAUUGGGAACCUCGGCUGGGCUCCCAGGGACAUCGGCACCUGUGGGAGGUCGGUCUCGCUCCCCCAGAGGGAGCGAGGAACCCGCACCCACCUGGCUCUGAGAGCACCAGGAGCCGAGACCUGUGCUCCCUGGUGGUGGAAGGUGGCGGGAGCGAGGGGCCCCUGACCGCCCGGCCGCACAUGUCCCACGCUGGACCCGGCACCCGGGAGGGGGUGGCACCGGCCCAUCACGCACAUGCCAGCACUGCCCUGCGGACAGAGCCGGGGAGAGCUUGGAGUGGGCUGCUGGCUGCGGGCUCCCGCACCCCUGCCCUGCACUUGCUGCUUUGCCCGAGGGGGCCUCUUCUCGCAGAGACGGUCUCCGUAGACACGAAUUUGGCUCGUACGGAACUUGUCUCUGCAGGGCGGGCAUCUGUCACAAUCAGAAAUGAUCUUCCAGUGAAGCUCCACUCGCUGCCUGUCACCGCGGCGGGCGGCCCAGAAAACGUGAGCCUUCGAUCAAGUUCAACGUCCGACCUUCUCCUGUCCCACACCGGCGCUGCGUCAGGGGACCUGGCGCUUCCACUCCCCGUGCAAAAGGAGCCCAGGCCGUGUGAGGUCUACAGAGGAAGGCACUGGAAGGGGCAGGAAUAGUUGGGACACUGAACCACGGCGCUCAGCUCCCGGAGAGAAGUCGGCGCCUUCCUCUGCCUCAGGCGUGGCGCUGGCCCUCCCGCGUGUCCCCGUGGCCCGGACCGCAGAAGUGCUGGUGUUUCCAUCAAAGGCUUCAAGGCUGUGGAGGCUGGAGCCGGGCGCGUGGGAACCCCUGACAUGAGCCACUGGGCAGUCCCGGGGCUGCCAGGCUCCUGCGGCCUGCAUGCCUGGGGUCCGUCUGGGCUUCCCUACCCUGGGAGCAGGCCCCGCGACCCCAAACCUACCGGGGGGCAGCGCGAGAUGGGUCCCCCCACGUCCCUCUGCAGCUGGAAAUCAGUUCCCUCAGUCCCACCUCUGGUUAGGGGAGGGACCCCUGGCCUCAGUCUCCCCAAAUGUUGAGUGGCCGCGCGGGGCCCCUCCCGGAGGACGGAGGCGAGUGCGCGCGGCCGUGGGCGGAGCUGCUGCGCGCUGCGAGAGCGGAUCUGAACCCCGACGGAGAGCUGCCGCCGCUGCCCGCCUUCCCCGACCCGGAAUCUGGACGCGGUCCCGAGCGUGCCGCGUCCCCCGAGGUGUUCACCGUGGGACCCCACACCUUUUCCUGGACGCCCUUCCCGCCGGCCCCGAGCGGAGGCGGGGGCUCAGGCCGUUGCUACAAGCUGCUCCUUGGGGCCGGGGGGCGCCCGGGGUCCCCCGCCCGGUCCCCGCAGCGAUGUCUGGGGCCUGAGCCCCGCGGGACCCCCGGCGCCCGGGAGCGACCGUGGGAGGCGGCGCCGACCCUGCGGACCUGCCCCAUGUGCCAGACCGACUUCGCCCCCGGGCUGGCCCGGCUGGACAUCGACAACCACCUCGCUCAGUGCCUGGAGGAGAGCGCAGAGGACGUGGUGUGGUGACUGACGUGC